AUGACUUGCGACUUGGUUGAUCCUGCAGGGCCUGUGGUUCAGAUCCUACUCCAUGACCUUGAGCCACUUGAGGGAGCCGCACAAUACACAAGAAUAACGAGCACGGUAUUGUUUCUUGCGACUCAAGGCCUCCAACUCCACUUUCCACCGAUUUUCCUCGAUCAAACCUCCGACCCUGUAUUCUGCGGGAACUGGUGGGGCAGAAUAACCUACACUGUCAACAUCGAGCCUGAGGAGUCUGACAUCGUCAUGGAAGCUUUUACUCAGUGUUUAAAUCACCAUGCUCCCAGCUCUAGCAUUAUGCUCGCCUCACGCCAUUCGCGAGCUUGGUCCUAUCGACCUAUGUUUCCGCCGCAGGAUCUAACCCUGUAG